ACCACCUUCGGCCUAGCUGAAACAAUCCUGGGCUACCUGAGACCCGGUCUCAAAAACCAAAAUACAGUUUGUUCCUGUCACUGCCACGUCACGUGUCAGCAGAGGUUCAAGGUCAGACUUCACCUAUAAGUCACUGCCAUGGGCAAGCAAGGCAUGGCUGCUGGAAUUGCUCAUCCUGCUUUACAACAACAAAUCUUGGAAAACACUCUCAUCUACUACGGCCUACCAUGUGGCUCUGCCAAAGCUGCCAAAGACUCAGACAAGGGCCAGGCCCAUCAUUGUGUGCUUGCGUCCAGCUGUGAAAAGCCAGUGUAUGUCAAGCGGGGGGAGGCCCUUUGUGCUCAGCACCGAAUCACACUAAUUAAACUUGAUGACAGCAAGAGACUAGGGGAAUGGGUGUGCCUCUGUAGAAUUGAUCAAGGGGGGACAUACUGUAAUGUGGUUGACUGUAGCUGUAUAGUAGUUAAGGACUAUGGCAAAGCAUCUCAAGCCAAGAAUAUCAUUGAAGAGUUCCCAGAACUCAGAACCCAGCGGUGGUGACGCAUACCUUUAAUCCCAGCACCUGGGAGGCAGAGGCAAAUGGAUCUUUGUGAGUUCGAGGUCAGCCUGAUCUACAAAGCUAGUUCCAGGGCUAUAUAAGAAACCCUGUAUUAGAAAACAAAAAGCAAAAUAACACAAAAACA